GUUUGUGUGUGUCUCUUGUGUGUGCGUGCGCGCGCAGCCAGUGCCGUGCGCUGGAGGCUUAUGGUAAUUGCGGUCUCCCGACUGGCCUUCUGGGUAGAGUCUGCGCGAGUGGGAGUGGAGCGAGUCGCUCGGUCUCGGCAGCGUUCAUCCAUUCUGUGCGGCACUCCCCGUACAGCUCCGCGCGUCCUCUCAGCGAACCGGGGUGUUCUCUACCGCUUUACAGGAAGAAGCAGAAAACGCGGGACGGAAAGCUUCACGGAAUAACCUUCAACGAACCUUCCCAGACACGGAAUUCAGCGCCGGGGAGGACAUGGAGUGACGGAAAGCGGGAGAGAGGGGCUUUUUCCGAGCACGGCGUGCUCCGCUGAAACCCAACAUGGCGCUGCUGCGAGGUACGGCCGAGCUGAAUUAAUUUCUCCGCGAGUCCGACGACCUCGCCACCUGUAUCCUGUGGGGGCCCGGGCUGCACGGCACGGACACUCCACGACUUAAAGGACCACAGCGGAUUGUCUUUUGUGGAUAUCUCGCUCCGGACGUUCGUUUUUUCCUCCGCGUAGGAUCUUUUUGUUGCUUUAUUGCCUCACAAGUGACAUUUGCAGCAGCAGAAAAGUCCGCUUGAAAUAAAAGGCGAAUGGAUGAGAGUUUUCUCCGGACAAUAGAAUAAAGACAGAGAGCUUUUUUAUGUAAGACUUGCUUUGUUUCGUGACAAGUGGAUAACCUGUUAGACACUUUUAGUUGUGUUUUUUUUCCUCCUCCGGCCGGGAUUGUCUCCAGCAGGCAGGACCAUAACCGGGUUAGUCUACGUACGCACGGAUCGCUGUCCUCCCAGUUAACUUGGAAAAACAGGAAAAAGGCGUGAGUUGCUGCGCACGGACGACGACUGGAACUAUCAGCAAUUAACCAGGUGAGACACUCAGUCACAAAGAAAAUGUUUUUUCUUUUUUUCUUUAUGAGGUUUGUAUCUUUGGCGAUGUGGAAUCAUCCGCUGGAGUAGAAAAACGCACACUGCUUUGUUUUUAGUGGUUUAAGUGAAGAACCUAAAAUAAGAUGUGUUGAAGACCUUUAUUGUUUGAAACUGUGUGUUUCUGAUCAGAGACGGCUCUCCUCUGAGGUUGGUCUGAACGUUAAAGCCCGCUGUUGUGCGCAGAGACUGGGAGAGGAUCGGCCACUUCUAAGAAUAGCGCAUAGGGUGGUCUUUGUGCGUUUCGGCGGGGCAGUGGCAUGUGCUUGAUAAAUAACACGCACGAACACAUAAUGAUCCGACCGUGAUCUUGGCCUCUUUUUUUUUUUUUGAACAACUAUCCUGUCAGACGGGUGGAGGUGAGAAGGACGUCCCAGAGAUUAGCGGACUUGAAAGCGGCGCCGUCCUCGACGGUGAAUAUUCAGGCUUUUCGCACUCUGCUGAGUGACGAAGUGUGUGAGUGUGUGUGUGGGGUGAGGGGGAGAGUUUGUGUGUGCGUACGCGUGUACGUGCGCGCACACGGAGCUUCUGCGCUAAACAAGGUUACGGAAUUCAGCCUCGCCCUGCCAAAGGGAAGCGAGCGGUGCUGCUCCGCUUCUACAUGGUUCAGUUCAGUUGGAGGGCAUCCCCGGGGUGUGAGUGUGUGCGUGCUUGACAGCUGUAUAUGUGUGUUCGUGGGGGGAGGUUUGUGUGUGUGUGGGUGGGGGUGUUUGUUUGGCUAGAGUGGACGUUGAUCAGUCGUCUCAUCAGCCCCAAAGGUAGUGUUGGAGAGAGGUGUGGGGGGCUGCACCGUUCACCUUCCUGUCGAGUUGAUGGAAACCGCUCUGGCAUCGUGCCACACACACACACACACACACACACACACACACACACACAGAGGCUACACACACACACACAUACACACGCUGUCUCGCUCUCGCUUCAUGUCUUGCAGGUGUUCUCCACUCUGACUUUGCGCUGCAGUCUGUUGUCUUCCUCUCUCGCACGCAUGCUGUGUGACUCGUCUUUGCAUUGCGGGGGAAAAUCCUUUUGCGCACGGAGGAUCCACGCAGCGCCAGUUAACCCCCCCCCCUCUCCCCACAGCUCUGAUACGCGCUGCUCUCUUGUAGGGAGAAAGUGUCAGCUGAAACUCUUCGGAAUGUGAAAUAGUUUACAAAGUAGGACCUUUUACUGUUUUUAUUUGUGUUCUGGCGUUUGCUUGGAUGUCUCGCGGUGAACACAUGGCAAAUAUUCUCUUCUCUGUCGUGGAUAACUUUUAGAAAUUAGUUUGGAUACUUGUUCAGCCGUCCUCCCCUCGAAACACAUCGCUUCUCGAAAAGUUGUCUGACUGAAAUGAGCGCGUCGACCCUUGUUGGCUGUGAUCCAAAGUGAAUCUUCGUUCCUCACGAUUUUCAAAGCUCAACACCCUGACUUUCACGACACACAAAACAACAUUUCACCGAGACUUGUUUCUUCACUCUUCCACGGCAUUGACUCGGUUCAUAUCACGGGAGCUUCUUCUCCCUCCUCCGCGUGCAUGCCUGCGUGCCGUCUGUCCUGGAGCCACACAGGCACUAAUUAGGGGACGCUCUCUUAGGACGAUCGAUGUGCCUCAUAUUGGCUGGCUCCAGCUCAUUGACGAGCUUAGUGAGGGAAGCAGCUACUAAAAGAGCACUUCAGCCCCGGCAGGCAAUCUGCGCAGGAUAUACAGUAUAUGGAGAAUCUCUCCAGACGCUGGAGCAGGUUGGAGGAGUGGAGCAUGCAGAAGGACCUCGUGUUGGGACCUUUUUUUCGAGGGAGCGGAGCGAGGGGGAUUAAGUGGUGGGGGGUGGAGGCUACUUCAGGGGGAUUUGCUGCGGAAUAAAAGCUUAAUUGUAUUUAAAUGAAAGCACGGUCUACAUCGGUGUGGAGAUAUUAAGGACUCUUGUCAUACAUGUAGAGUUAAAUGUGCGUCAGGAGUUUUGAAAAAUCAAACGGAGGAUAGUUGUAGAAAUGCAAACCUCACUUGAAACUACAUUUGGGGAUUAGGAGCAGUGAUCCAUUAGAGCAUGAGGCAAAUUAAUUACCAAACGGUCCAAAUACAGCGCUGUAAUGAGACCUUUCAACUAGGACUGGGCGAUUAUAUGAUCGGAAUUAAUGAUCGGGAUAAAUUAAAGUUCGAUCACGGUGAUCAGCUGUGAGCUUAUUUACUCCGUCAAACAUGGCGAAAAUGUGCAUCAACAGCCAAUCAGAGUCGAGCUUUUCCUGCUCACCUGUGUAAGUUGCUGGAAAAGUAAACAGAGUAAUCAAAUGUGGAGCUGAGGGCAGUAAAAUAGAUGUCAGCCAUGACUUUGAGUCAUCCUCCGAAGAUGUUAUUGUUAGGAAGAAAAGUUAUUUAACGUCUUAUUUAGUACCUAUGUAUUCAUUUUUUACUUUUAAUACAGAUGCUUUAAAACUGGCAGUUAAAAAAAUCGGGAUAAUAAUCGAGAUCGGACGAUAUGACAAAGUAUAUCGUGAUCAUUCUUUUUGGCCAAAUCGCCCAGUCCUACUUUUAACUUCAUUUCAUAUAUUUUAGAAAGUUUGGUUUGAAUUUUGCUUAAGUGGGUAAAAACUUCACCCUGGAUUUGGUCAGAUAAAUCUGUUUUUGGAUGAAUUUACAUGCCACAUUCAUCCUUUUCUUACUUGAUGGUCCUUCAUCUACAACUCUUGAAAUCUUGACUGAAACCAAGUGGUUGUCACCCAUUACGCAGCUCGGUCUAAGGUCGUCCUGCCAUCUCUCUGUGUCAAAGUCUUUGUGUCGAAUGCAGCCUGUUCCCUGAGUGCAGCGUGUUGUGGAAGCAUCGAACAAAUACUUCACAUUUUGUGUGGGCCGAGUUUAUUUAUAGGGAGCCCCCGUUGGACUGUUUUUUGCGCAUCAUUUUUCCACUGCGCGCUGUGAUGUCAGCGUGGGGCUGAUCUGUUUUCCAGGUGUUGGAACACAGAGGGGGAGGGCUGCUUAUACCAGAGAUUGACACACUGAUUUAUUUUCUUUCUCCUUUUCAUGGGAGAGGACUUCACGCGUCUUCCAGAGAGGGUGUUUUACUGCCAAGGCCUGUGAAGUGUCAAAGUGUGGUUUAAGGGUGGUCUCAAAACAAAACAGAGAUUCUCCUUUUGUUUGGAUUAGUCAUUAUUUUUCGUUUCUUUUACCAAGACGCAGUACGCCCUUUCAUAAUAUCUAAUAAUGAAAAUAUCCAAAAUAGUCCCCCUUUUACGCAGCAUUUAGUGGAUAGAUGUUCCUGUGAAUGAUAUCUGUACGUUGCGGGGGGAAGGUGCACCUGAAGUACACACGAGCCUCGCGCCUGCUGGGCCCUAUUGUCAUGCUGAGUGAUGUGUGACAGAAGAUGUGUCAGCGCACAGCUCCGUGGGGUGGCUGCGUGUAAGGGGACAAUCACAUCACUUCCAUUCUAAACCCAUUAACCUGCUGUUUGCCCGCUUUCCUAAUCAAUGGGGAGCACGCGGGGAAUAUUACGCACAGGCAAAUAGCACGUCAAUAAAAAACUACGAGCCCGCUUUUGCAAAUCUAAUCAAUGUUGAAAACAGGCAGGAAAGAACCCGUUUAGAAAAACACCGGUGUUCUGGUUCAGCUCCAGUCAGAAGCAGGAGGUCUGUCUUAUUGUUGUCGCGCUUGUUUUUUCCCUCCUCUCUCGCUUACGCCUGGAUAUAAAACAACAGUGUCUUCGCUGCCGGCGCUGCGCUCGCUGCUAAGGCGAGCUGCGUGUGAACAAAAGCGGAGGCACGGCAGAGAGCCGAGGAGAGAUCGGUUUUCCAGGCGCUGCGCAGCUCCCGGAGGAGACGUCACGGUUUGAUUGAAGCUAUGCUCCGUGCUGGCCUCCCGGGACCUCGCGAUGAAACGGGAGAGCCGCCCUCCCUCCCUCCUUCCUUCCCUCCCUCCCUCCUCCUCCUCUCUAUUCCUCUCUCUUUCUCUCUCUCAGCGCUCCACAAAGCUUUUAGUUUCGACGAGGUCUGGAGCGCACGGAUCACUUCCCCACAGAGAUGUGUCGACCUCCAGUGCUAUUUCCCCGGAACAGGGGUGGAUAGGACGCUUACGCGAAGCAAUAUUUCACCCCCUCCCUCCAACUGUCUGAUACAUUAACUCUCCAGCCCAUUACGCACCUGAUCAGUUGAGUCAUUUAGUUUCCCCGUAAACCCCUAAAUGUAUUUAGGGGUUCACUUCCCUUUUGAUGGUAUGAAUCUAGAUCUCUGCGUUCAGUUUCCUUACCUCUUGAUUGAUUGAUUGAUUGAUUGAUUGAUUGAUUUAGCUUCGCCGUUAUGACGGCACACCUCGCCUCUCUCCCCUGCCUCUCAGCACCUCCUCAUUUGUUUUUCGAUGUCGGUGCCUCGGGCUUCUUUCUAUCUAUCCAUCUAUCUGACGAAAUCCCGCAGACGCUUGGCAGCGCAGCGGGGAGGAUGGCGGUGGAUGCGAGUUUAUUACACCAACCGUCUUCAAAGCAGGAAUGCUGUGUCUGCCGUGCGUGUUUGGCUCGAGAAGCCUCUGACCUCGACUUGGGGAUCAUCACGAGGCUCCGUAUCUCCACAGUAAACAAUUAGCCUAGUAAAUAUUUUGCUCUAAUAGGAUCUAGGGCUCAUUUUCCCUCACAGUAACACGUGUGACCUUUAAAAGCUGAAAUCCAGGCUACGCGCGAAGCUCGGUUUGCCUCACAGCCUGUUUAAACUGACGUUCAUUUAGCCUAAUUAACGUCAUUACGCACUAAUCAUUAAGCCUGCUCUUUAAACAGACUAUUCAUCCUAUGUGAGGAGGGGAAGGGGAGGGGAGGGGGUCAUAUGGAGGCGGAUCAGUCCUCAAGCGUCAUGCGCUUUCAUUCGGGACAUCCAACACAUGAAAGCAAAGGGAACAUUUCAAAGGAGAGUCAAGAAACCUCCGGUAAACGCGGGCCGGCUCAUGCAUGCGCAUCCCUAUUACAAUCGGCUCCUUUGGUGGCAUAAAGGCCCAUUUAGUCUCCAUUUGGCCCGGGAUGAAUAGAGCCCAGUUAAGCAGCCGCCGCCCGGGCCCUGGUGACAGUACGGGGGGCCUCACAAUGCGCCCGUUGUUGACGGCCGUGCUGUCGAGGGGGGGAACUGAACCGUGCACCGACUUGCAUGCGGCUGUGCAGCGGCCCGGGAGGACGCAGGGGCCCCUUGUUUACAGCUCGGUCGCUAAUAAUGUGACAGCUGAAGAGAUGCCGCCGGCUGCUUCAGGCUGUGAAGGCGCUCUGAACAGCGUUUAUCUGCUCCAUCUCUCCCUCAGCCUCUCUGUCUCUCUGUUCGAGCUGCAAGACCAGAAACUCGCAGACAUUUUGACAACUUUGCAUAGAUUGUAUUGGAGUAAACUUUGAGCAGAAAAUUGGAGCCGUUGGCACGUGUCAGUCUGAUAAUCAGGGAGGGUGCUAUAGGUGUCAUUAUUCGUAGAAGUGUGGCCCUGAGGCUCCAAUUUUGGUCCGCGCUCUUCCUCCAUUCUCCAUUUUUUGAACGCGCAGUAUUCCUUUCGUAGACAGCCUCAUGUUGGUGUGUAUAGUUUGAGGCAAAGUGAGUAUUUGUGUGUUUGCGCGCGCCCGCAUUUAAUCCGUGUUUAUGCCCACCCCGCCCCCGCCGCUGCGGAGAUUAUCCUGCGUCACACUGCAUUUUUUUCGAGCUGAUCGGAGCUCUGCGCUUCACAGAGUCUGGCAAAGCUCCAGGGACAAAGAGCGAGAGGGUGCCUGCGCUUACAGCCAGACUCGCAGACCUGCUUUCCCGCUUAUAACUAACGAACACACGUGCUAACCUGAGCGUGCAGCGAUCUUAUCAGAGCUGCUGGUUCGUCAUUUCGAACCCGUACACAGACAGGAAGUGGCUAAUGGGGACGGAACCACCUUUCACUGGUAUCUCUCACAGCGCUACGCGGCCGAUCCACAGAGGCCUCAGUCCAGGAGGAAAUGAUGAGCCGAGCUAGAGCGCACGCACACACACACACAUACACACACACACAGCACGGGUCACGCAGAGUUCAGGUCAUUGUCGUCAGAAACAGGAAACGAGGGAAAAGAGGGAGCACGGGUUUAUUUUCUCCCUCUCCCUCUCUCUCUUUCCGUCUUUCUGCUCUUUUUAUCGCUCUCUCCUCACUCUGUUUUCUCGUCCACCUCGAAAAAACGCAAACACACGCAGAGCCAGCCUAUAUGAGGUUCCGCUGAAACGCCCGGUGGUUUUCUGUUUAAUGGUGCGAGUCGGGGCUCCGCUCCAGCGGUCUGCUUUAUAAACGCAGCUCAGACCGCUGCGCUCCCCUUCCCCCUUCCCCUGCUGCUGCUGCUGCUGCCGACCGCUGUGAUGGAUUGGACGGCCGUCGGGAGUUGUUUGUUGCGCAAACUAUUCUUAGCAGCGGGGACGAGCGUCAACACCCUGCCUUUCCUCCUCUCAUAUCUCUGCACACUUUCUCCUUCCUCGUCCUUUCACUCACAUGGUGACAUUUUCUCAGCAUUUCUCCUUUUAAAGGGUCUUGUUUAGGAGGACGAAUAUAAAACGCCGUUUUACUGCGCAGACUUCAAAGUAGGACUGGGCGAUUUGGCUAAAAGGAUGAUCACGAUAUACUUUGUCAUAUUGUCCGAUCUCGAUUAUUAUCCCGAUUUUUUUAAAACUACCAGUUUUAAAGCAUCUUUACUUAAAACAAAAAAAUAAGUAGACAAAUACUAAAUAAUACGUUAAAUAUUUUUUCUUCUCAACAAUACUCUGUUUACUUGUCCAGCAACUUACAGAAGUGAGCAGGAAAAGCUCCACUCUGAUUGGCUGUUGUGAUGCACACUUUCGCCAUGUUUGAUAAGCUCACAUCUGAUCGCCGCGAUCGAACUGAAAUUUAUCACGAUCGUUAAUCACGAUCAUAUAACAGCCCAGUCCUACUUCAGGGGAUAUGAAGUGCAUAAUCACAAAGCCUGCUGAAGAUUUUGUUUUAAUCCAACCCCCAUCCCUCAAGAGUUGGGAUGUUGGGUAAAAUGUUGAUAAAAGAGAAUUUGAUGGGUUGCAAAUCACUGAGACCCUCGUAUUUGAUUGAAAUAACACAAAGGCAACAUAUAAGUUGUGGAAAUUUGUAUUAUUUUAUGUAAAAUAGCCUACAUGCUUGUUUUGGAUUUGGUAAUUUGCAACAGAUUGGUAAAAUGACAUUUCUGGAAGGUUUUCACCUCUUUGUGAGAGACUGUGCGAGCAAAAAGUUCUCCAAUGUCAGAAUAAUGUUCCUGAGUUUUGGGGUUUCAUUUAACCCAGCUUUCUGACUGUCUUAUGAAAUUGGAGUUGUAACUGUGAGCAGGUCAAAGCUCUCCAGAUGGUUUCCUGAUAUGUUGUGUACAGUCUCUUGUAAUCUCCAGUUGAUUAGUUAUGUCAGGAAGGUUUGGACGAGGUUCAGACAGUUCUUGUAGCACAAGGAGAAUAUAGCUCAAAUGCGGCUUCGAACACAUCAAAAUGUGGGUUUCUUAUGAGUUACGACUUUAGGCUAUCAGAGCUGUAAAUCAGAUCUUGACAACUGGUGUAUGAGAUUCAGUCUGACAGCAUGAAAAUAGCAUACAAGGAAGAAGAGGAAAGUCAUCACUAAAGAAAAUGUGUUUUGUGAAAGUCCUGUAAACACCAACGUUUUCUACUUUAAUUUUCCAGAUUGAUUGAGAAAAUCAGACCCAACAUUUAAAGUGUAGUAAUUUUUGCAGUAGCAUCAAAAUUUAAAAGCACCUUGCAAAUUGACUACACUUAUUUUGUAUAAGUUAUUAAGAAGCAGAUAAUAUAAACGAAAUUUCUAUUAACAAAGAGGAGAGAAAUGUCAUUGAAUACCUUGAGAAGUCUCUUUGGGUUACAGGACUUUAACUGUAGCAGCAUACUUGUGUUCUCAUUUCCCUUUUAGGACAUAUAUGUCACAUAAGUGUUCCCACGCUGUUAUGAAAACAAAGUCAACCUUAUAUGUUUGAAUUCAUGUCUUAAGCACAGAGACUGCUGGUGUCCAUGCUGCCAAAAGCAUGUUUUUUAUUCCUGCUGGUGUGCAGUGUCGUUGAUUGCUCGGUCCUGACCUUGAGGCCCAGUACAGCCUCUCAUCUUCGCCAGACUACUAUUAAUUUCACGAGGAUGACGGGUGCUUUGAGUGCUCAAAAUACACCGUCAUCAGCACAGCAUGGUUACAACGUGGCGUAAUAACAGGGCUUAAGGAAACAGGGCCGUCCGUUUUGUUGUGCUGACCCGAAUAUGAACAAAUGUUCACCAGUUGUUUCACAGCUGUGUUUUAAGGUGAAAUCAUCAUAGAUGUUUGCUAAAUUAUAGGACAGAGGCUUGACAGUGAAGGUUGGACAGAACAUCCAUGUAAUUGAAUAUCUGCAUUCCUGUAAGAGGAUUAAUUUUCUUUAUCAUGUUCAGUCUUAUUGAGGAGCUGUUCGGCGUAUGUGUGUGUUUUUUUUAUGUGGGUCAGUGUGUGAGAGAAAGAUGGAAAGCUCCAGGAGAUACGAGAAACAGCACCGAUGUUAUUUCCCCAUGUCUGUGAAAUGAGCGGACGAGCAUACAAAUGGCUGAAUGUACCUUUAGUGGAGCACUUCUUCUCAUGCACGUUUCAGUUCUGUCACACGCUGAUGUUGUUGAGGCAGGACUGGCUCCGGGGAGCUGUGUUGGGGGAUGGGAGUGCUGGAGCAGGGAGGAGCUGUGCCGAGGGGCCCGCUACAGGCUGAUUAAUGGGCCCCGGGUCACGGCAAUAAAAGUGGCGUGCCAGCGGCGCGGCAGCUAGGCUCAGAGGCGUUUCUCUGUGAUGAUCGAGGAGCCAGGAGUCUCUGCUGCUCUCAGCAGAGCACAGAGAGGCUUUACUUUUACUAUUUAAAGGCACUCCUCUCACUCCGUCUCCCACCUCAUUCCUGCUCGGGUACCUUUUACAUGGCUUUUUUUGCAGAAAUGUCUCCUCUUAGGAGUCAUCAAUUAUACUCAACCCUAGUAUUAUUUUUACAAAAAUAUUUCAAGUGGAAGCUACAACCAGUGACUUUUACCUGUUUGAGGAAUCUGAAAUAGUCUCUUGAAAUUUGCAGAGCAUUUUAUGAGCAUAGAGAUGUCACUUACCUCUCUAAAGCUCAGACGUGGUCUGGAAUAUCUCAGUUUGGCCAUUUGUAAAAAUAGUUUCUGUCUUUCUUUUUUUUUUUUCCUUUUGCACUUGAUUAUUCUGACAUGUUGUUUAUAUAAUAUUACUCACAUAGGGGGUUGCAGAACUCUACCGUUUCUUGAGUAGUUGUAUCUUUAAACCAAAGAAGUAGAAGACGGUUGAUAAGUGUACAGAUGAAGUUAUGAACUUGAAUUUAUAAAUAUGUCAGCAUCUCAAAUGUUGUAUGAAAUAACUCUUCUUGGAAAUGACCCCUUAAUAUGAAGUAACAGCUUUAUUAUCCUCCUCCUUAAAUUUAAUGUAAUUCAUUUGGAGGUAUUUAUUUAUUAAUUCUUUGUUUUAUUUAUGAAAUAUCUUAACAAUGUGAAAUAUUAUUCAAUGCUAUGAAACAGCACUCAAAGCAUUACAUCAUGACGGGCUUUCCCAAGCCGGUUGAUUGUUCAUUCUUCCUCGUAGUUUCUGGUCUUUCUGUAAUGCCAUGCUUUUUGCAUGCGUUUGUCGGUGUGAGUGUUUGUUGAUCUGUGGCUCUGUGUUGGCGGGCGGUAAAUGGGCUCCCACCGUAGUGGUCUCUGAUGUAUAAUCUCUCCUCGCUUCACUGGCCGAGGCAGCCGAGAGAGCAGGUCAAAGAGGGCACGGAAAAACCAGUGUGUAGGGAACGUGACUGAAUAGAUGCAGCCCCACAAUGCACGUCUAGCCCACAGGGUGGGCAGGAUAGGGGUCAGGGGAGAGGGAAUAGGAGGAUGGGGGGGGGUUGCUGUGGUUUGUUGACGGAUACGAGGGGAGGGGAGCCCACACAGUGCUUUCAUCUCUGGUGACGGUUUCAGCGGAGGCGUGUGUGUAUGUGUGAGAAAGAGAGAGGUGGUGUGAUGACUACAGCUUAUGAUACUAUUAUCUUUCUUUUCAUUUUCAUUCAUCACCUGACUCCUGUUGCGACGUUUGAUUGAUGUUUAGCAAUAAUUUAUAUAUUUAUUGUGUAGAUUAGAGGAAAUUAAAACCAUGUCUUGGAGCUGAUUUCCAUAUAAUCUCUCUCGUGGAGAUUUUAUAAACUAAUAUUUUUGCCCUGUCUGUUUUUUUUUGGCAUUUAGUUUAAGACCAAGCUGUAGUCUGUUAUGUGACCAAGCCAAGACACUGACUGCUUACUGUUUGCUCAUCUCUGCAGGGCAACAUCUGUUCGUGAUGUCGAUGCUGAGACACAAACCAACCUGGAACUAAGACAAGGCAACCACAUCACACAAAACAUGGCAAGUCCCCAGUGCACGUUCUCAGUACUGUUUAAACUAAUCUGUCAAAUGAGUCAGUAUUAUCUGGAAAGAAACACUUUCCCUCUGUUUCUGUUUGUGUUUGCAUGCAAGUACCCAAGAAGGCAGAGAGGCCGUUUAUGACUUUUACAACAGCAUUUGUGUUUCUGUCCGUAUUUUUGUCAAACUAGCUUUUCUGGACUUGAUUUUGGUGAUAGCAGGCAGAUUAACUCUCCUGGCUUCUUUUCUUACCUUAGGUGGAUGCAAGGUUAACACCACUGGCAGCCAUGGGGCUGGACCGAGGCGCUCUCAUGCAUGAUGGUCUUCGUCUCCAUGGCGGGGUUGUGUACCCAGGCAUCAGAGCUCUGCCUACAGAGAAGAGCCGAGAGACACCAGGCAUCCCCCUCAGUUAUAACAGGGAUGGUCUCCCAGAGCUCAUCUACAAGCCUGAUGGCCCUCUGGACAGUCGUAAGUCCACUAAUGGAUACCUGGGUCUCUAUAAGGGCACCCCACCAAGUCUCCACAAGCCUAUGCUGGUUCCUGGAGCAGGAGCUGAAGGUCUGGGCUUGGAACGCAGAGUAGGGCCUGGAGAGAAAGCAUCUGAUCUGGGCUUGGCAAGUGCCGGUGGCAGCUAUCUCCGCCUGCCAUGGCUCACUCCUUACCCGGAAGCAAGCAUGUACCCCUUCAUGGACACAUCCAAGUAUGCUCUAAACAUGUAUAAAGCCUCCCUGCUGAGCCAACCCAGCCACUAUCUCCCUCAGCACCUGCCCUACCCUUCUCUGUGUGCAGCCCAAGGAGGCAACCCUGCUGCAGCCGCUUCUGCUGCCGAAAGGCUUUACUACAUGCCCCCAUACCCUCCCUCCCCAAUCUCCUCGCCCUUGGUGGCCCCCCCUAUGAGGAUUCCUACAGUCACAGUUGCCCCCUCAUCACUGGUACAUUGCCAGGAUAAAGGGCUCGGUGUUGCACCUUCAUAUGCACAGCAGCUUCACCAACCCCCUCCUCAUCCUCAGCACCAUCAGGCUGCAAUAGACAGGGACCGGUCCCCGAGCAGAAGCAGCAGACCAAGUAGGCCCCCGUCUAGAAAGGGGCCGAGCAACAUCAGUAACACCGGUAGCACUAGAGACACUAAUGGUGGGAAUAAUGGCAGUCUGCCCCCUGAUUCCUCUCCUCAUGCAUCUUCUCGCCUCUCUCAGCCUCCCCCACCGCCGACUCUCAUUGAUAAUUCACUGGAUUUACAAAGGCCAGUUGCAAGGAUCGGACAACCGUCAACCUCUUCUGCUUCUUCCAUAGCUGCCUCAUCGUCAUCGACACAGUCCAUUCCUCAUCCGUUCUCCGUGAGCAGCAUGGCAUCAGAGCAGCCCUCUCCUGCUCGGCCCAGCCCACACAAACCCAGGCCACGAGAUGGAACACCGGAACACAGAAGUGUCGGGGCUGAGAGGAGACAAAGCAGAUCACCCUCCAAACCAAAUUUUGAGAGACCCCCUCACCAAACCCAACCAACCAAAGACUCAGCUGAAAAGCCUUUGGAUUUGUCCGGAAGAAUACUUGAGUUACUGCCUCCGAAUGGAUUUCCAGUGAAAAUGGACACUAUGGCAUCGGGCCCACGGUAUGGGAUCCCCCCAAGCAGAGAACUGCUAAAGGAAAACCUAUCCUUGUCUCCUUCCUCUCACCCUCACUCUGUGGCCAGCAGCACUUCUUCCAAGGUCCCAGAGAGGCCGGAGAUGAUCAGCACUUUACACUCCUCCUGGGUUGUACCUAGCCCAUCUCCUUCCUCCAACGCACAGCACACACCAGGCUUGCCUCCCUCCCCGCGGCCUAACCCAGACCUUUCACAAGCCAAAGGUUCUUCCCCCUCUGUCAUCAAACAUAAGAGUCUGGAGAGAGUUCUCCCUCAGCAGCGUAGCUCAUCCUGCCCCAGGAUAGGAGAGUCCAACCACAAUGUUCCCUCCACCCAACACUCCUCUAUGGUCAACUCAAGGCCUCUUUCCCCCAAACCCAAUGGUGAGUGGGCCAAACAAAGCCCCAGCCAACCAGAACAUCCACCAAGCAUGGGCCACCACAGAGAGGGGGCAGAGAAGUCCUCCCAGGGCACCAAGAGAAGUGAAACCACCCAGGAUGUUUCGUCUUACAAAAGGCCCUGUCUGGAGAACGGUCACCCUCCUGGCCAUCUGUACCUCCCUCAAAAUGACGCUUACCUGAACCACAGUUUGGCAUACACCAAUAGAUACCUGCACUACCCAAUCCCUGAUGGCAUGGCUCUACACUCCCUGCCAAUAACAGGAAAAGGUCCAGUUUAUCCUCAUCCAAUGUUGCUGGGCAGCAACAGCCUUUACCCAACCCACCUGGCAGCAAAACAUCCGUUACCCUACCACAACCUCCAAGCUGGUCCAGGAGGGGAAUACCUCACAUAUAACUCACAGGAGAUGGCCCAUCCUCUUAUGCAGAGUCACCCAGACAGUAAGCCGCCAGAGAGGGGAGAUGCAGCUUUGAAGCCUCGGGGACAGGAGAAAUCCCGGGGAGGUACUGAAGAAAGCAGAGAUCCCAACAUUGGGAAAGAGAACGGAGAAGGAAGUCAGUCAAAGCACGAGAGGGAAACGGGAGCAACAGGACAUGGUGGAAGUAACAGCAAAACCUCCUUUUCUCCUGCAGUAUCUCGAGAAAAGAUUGUCUGCAUUGACCUUGUACACUCAGACACAGAUAUUGAGUCUACGCCAAAAGUCCACAAACAGUCCUCUGCUGAGACUAGCACAAAGGUUAACCAAAAUGAAUGUUGUCAUAGUAACCAAAAUCUGACAAAGACUGACUUUGAGCCAAAACACCAACAGCACCCUUCCCAUCCCUAUCCCAUCCACUCUGUACAGAGCCCCACCCUGAAGCCCAAUCACAUUGAAAGACAGCCAGAGACUCCCUUUGGGAAAACAAGCGUCUCUCAGGACACAAGCUGUCCUGCAGUAACAUCCGGCACAACCCAAACUGCUCCAGGGGAGAAUGCCCAAGCAGAGGAGAGCCAGGAUGAGCCUCGCAGCCCCAGCCCCGACCCUGAAGACCAGGAUCAGAGCACUCUGCGCUGUGCCCGCACAUCUGGAUUGUGCAGCUCUGGUAAGGACAAAGGGGUCAGAGACCGUCAAGCUUUUCACAUCGCUCAGCACUGCACGGAGGUGGUGAAGGAGGAGAAACUAAGCGAGGCAGAGACUGAAAAAGAGGACAGUAUCGUUGAUUUGGGGGAGUCACACGGAGAAGGUGAUGAGGAAGAAGAGGACGGUGGCCAUGCUUCAUCAAAAAGCUCUCGUAGAUCCAGCCUGGCCAAGAGGAUUGCAAACUCCUCGGGCUAUGUUGGCGACCGCUUUAAAUGUGUCACCACUGAGCUGUAUGCUGACUCCAGCAAGCUGAGCCGUGAACAGAGAGCUCUGCAGGUAAGGCCAUUAACACUUCUGUAUGUGUGUGGUUAUAAAUAGCACAGGACAAAUUGGGCCAAAAGUUGAUGGUUGACUGGAGAAUGUGCAGAUAUUUUCAACAUACUUUGAGUCUUAACAUCCACGCAAGAAUUAACCUCCAUGGGCUAAUGCCUUUAUUUUAUUUUUGCUGCAAAAUUCAGAACACACCCUGCAUGGAAUUGGCACACACUGCAUUUAUAGCACAACACAUAGUAAUAUAAGUGCUGUCAUGCUACUGUCCUGUCCAGAGGCUUGACUUUCCCCCUUAGUUUAUCAUUGUCUGUGAAGGCUAGUGCAAGGCCUCUAUCAGGGAGAGCAGUUCAAAGGUUAACCGGUGCUGCCUUCUCUGUAUGUUGAUUAGUGAGCAGUCAUUGUAAAGGUUAUUUCUGUGCGUGCGUGUUUGUGUGUCCGUACAUGCCUGUCCUUGUGCGACUGCCUCCGGGCUAAAGCAUGUGUUAGUGCUGACUGUGCUGUAGAGCUGUACACUGUAGAUCCAGAGCAUGACUGUGGCAGCCUUACAGUUCACACCGCCUUUGGCAAUGCUUAACCCCCAAGGUUAGGGGCGGUGGAGGGUUCGCAGUGGGCUUAAAAAUCCCGCAGCUGCCCUCCUCUGGGUUCCUCUUAGGCUUCCUGCAUGUCCCACAUUUACCAGACGCUACUCCCCCCCCCCCCCCGAUGGCCUAACGCUGCCCUGCCUGGCUGCUGUCCAAGUUCAUAAUUCUCCUCAUUCCACUAGCUUUAAGACCCUAACACUCACCUCAAUUCAUGUAGGAAUGCAUAAUUACAGAAAAGCCCCCUCCUCUUGGCUAUCAUCCCCCUUGUCAUUCAUUUUCACAAUUAAGCUAUUCAUUUUAGGCCGUUAUCGCUGAUUCCUCACGCUCAAUGUUCAGCAUAGAAACACAAACAAACCCUAUGCUUUAUUACCCACUGGCUCAGAGGCAGAUAUGUUAAUAGGUUGCACAUGUCCGUCUGUGUCUAUGUUGUGAAUGUACUCUAGAAAACUGUGGUUUUGUCUGUGUCAUGCUUGUCAAUGCGCAGCUGCAACGCAAAGCUAUCAAACGCUCAAUUUCUGGACGUGAAAAAAUCCGAUGAGGAAGUAUGUUUGGGGAAAAAUAAAUAAAUGAGACCAUUUAAACUGAAUGAGCAUUAUCAAUCAUGCUUAGAAUGAAAGCCUCGUUUGGAUUCUCUGAUUUCCAAUUCGUCACUCACACAGUUCAGAAAUCAUUUGAUAGUUUUGAUGCUCUGUUAAUUGACCUGUUGCGUCUCUUUGAUUUGAUUGUUAUUUUGUGGGAUUGUGGCUGCCUAUUGUGUCAAGAAACAUGUGGAGAACAUAAAGUCUUAAAAGAAAGAUGAAAUGAUGGACAGAUAUAUUGAGCCCCCCCAUUCUAAUUGCUUAGAUGGAAGUCAUAUCACGAGAGGGGAGUAAUAUAAGUCAACCUGCAGCUAACUGGGAGGUCAGUUCUUUACAUUUCUUAUCACAUCUGCCUCUGAUGGGCUCUGUCUCCUUUGUACUCUGUAUCGCCGCACACUCCUUUUUCCCCACUCCCUUCUUUCCUCUUUCUUCUCUCUCUCCCCUCUCUCUCUCUCUCUAUGCCUCAGGACUUAGAUGUAUAUGUUUUCUAGCUAUGUUUAUGUUUCAGGAAGGGAGAUGCCAGGACUUAAGCCCCAGAGCGCAUGGACUCACAGUGGCUGCAGUAGUCUAAUCUAUGUCUUGAUGCCAUGCUUGUGAUUUAUCAGUCUAUCUUUUUGUCCUGUGUGCGUGUGUGUGUUUGUGCGUGUGUGGGUUUUUUUUUAAUUUCUUUGGCAUUUUCUUUGAUUUUGAGAUAAUGCGAUUUCUGACGCAAUUUUUUUGCUUCUGUAGCUGUUGAGGCCAGAUUGAGGCUUAGAGAGGUGUGUGUGUGCGCGGCUGGGGCGGACGAUGAGUGGUUUUCAUGGGGUUUUUCCUCUGCGUUUGUGUCUGUGUGUGCGCACAGCGGGCUAUGAUGCGGUUCUCGGAGCUGGAGCUGAAGGAGAAGGAGGGCGGCGGUGUGUGUGUGUCUGCCUCGGCAGCGGCAGCAGGACGGGAGCUGGCAGACGGCCAGCGCAGAGAGCGAGUGCUGGAACACUGCCAACACACCACCAGGCAGGGAGAGAGGGAGGGUGAGUAACCCAGCACCACACACACACACACACACUUGUCAUGCAUUCACACACACACACAUGCAUGCAUCAACUCUGCAAAUACACACACGGGGAAGGGACACACACAAACAAUAGAUGCGCGUGCACGCUCACACGCACUUGCAGCAAAUGCUGAGGCAAGACCGGGUCACUCUAAAAAAAGACAGUCUUCCAUACACACACAGACUCAACACACACACACACACACACACACACACACACACACACACACACACACUCACACUCAUAAGCGAGGCAGCGCAACGAACAAGCCAGCGAGAGAGACAGAGAGGGGGAGUUUUAUUUUCAAGAAGUCUUUUGUGCUUAUCUGCGCCGAGAGACGAUCGAGAGGGAGGGCAAGAGGAGAAGGAGGGGAGAGAUUGCGUGAGUGAGAAAGAGAGAGAGAGAGAGAGAGAGUGAAAGCAGGGGGAGAACUAGUGGGUGAAAGCGGAUGGGAGAGCGCAACGGAAAGAGAGAGAGAGAGAGGAGGAGGGGGGGAGGUGGAAGGGGAGGAGGGGGGGUUAGUUGCGUUGGCUGGGAGCCCAGCUGUGUGUUGGAGCGAGGCCGCGGCUGACGUGUGAGCCUAAUUAUGGCAUGGAGAGAGACAGAGAGGGAGCCGAGGAGAAGGGGGGGGGGGUAGAGUCACGCUCAGUGUGAGAAGGGCGUGGUGCGGUCAUGCCGUGGGGGAGGACAGAGAAAGGAGGAAGGGGGAGGAAUGGGAGUCGCCGUGCGCAGCGAGUGUGCAGGAUGUUUUCUUGCCUCCCCUUCGCUGGAAGUGCGAGCGGCUGCGCUGAAGCGGCGUCGGCCCGCUGGCUCGGCUCACAUCAGAUUAAAAAGUCUUUACCCCAUCAAAGUUUUACUGCCUGUCUUUAAAGCAGAAUAAAAGCUGGCUGGUGUUUAACUGGCAUUCUCCCUCUGUCAAUCCCCCACCUCGCCUCACCCCCGCCCUCUUGCUCCCCUGAUCUCUUUCGGUCUGUCUGUCUGGUUUGUGGUUCGUCUGUCUGUCUGCAAUUUCUCCCCGUGCCCCUGUCCCCCUUUCAUCUCCUCUUGUUUAUUUUUCCUCGUCUCUGCCUCCUUCUCUUCCCUCCCCCCUUUUCCAUCUGUCUGUCUCUCCUUCACUCAGGUGUACGACCAGCUUUCCCAAACAACCGAGUUCCAGUCCUCCAGAGGUGUACAGUCCAGAAGGAGCCUUUGUCCCCCGGGCACGGAGCGCGAGAUGGGGCCAGAGGUGCCAGCCAAGGGGCGCACAAGGACGGAGCCAGGAGGGUGACAAGAGAUUGUGAGGGAGUUCAUUGUGUACCCCCUACUUUGACACCGGUGAAAGGUUACCCCGAGGAGAAGAUCAGCCCCGGUUUCGUACCCAACAGAAAGCGCCCGCUCAAAUUGGAGCCGGACGACACGGAGAGAGAGGAGGAGGAGGAGAGGCUGUCCCACCAAGAGAAAAGAGCCAAGAUUUCUACUGGUGAGAAUUUCCUGAACAUACUUCUUCACUCACAUGCCACUUCCAUUCUCCUCAUAUUCUCCCUGGCUCCUCUUUUCUUUCAUCUGCUUUCCAUGUUUGUCUCUAAUUCUGCCCAUUCUCUCUCGCCUCUUCAUCCCGUGUUACGCUGAGCCCCGUCUCAUCUCUCGCACUCAGGAAAAAAAAAAAAAAUCUGUUUCUUUUGUCGCUUCCUCCUUCCCAAUCAAUUUCACCUUAAACUCGCUCCAUCACAAACCCCCGCUCUCCUCCCCCUCCCCUCCCUCACCACUCUCUGUCCCAUCUUUCGCUCUGUGUGGCAGCCAGCGCGGAGAAGUGUUUAAUCCUGCCUUUGAGCAGAGUGCGAGUGAGAAGCGAGGAAGAGGGACAGCCAUUCUCUCCCUCUCUUCUUUCAGCUCCGUCGUUCCUCCGCUGCGCUAACCCACCCCUCUUCAAAGCUGCUCUUUUCUUCUCUUUUCAUCUCUUUUCUUUUUUCCCUCAUCUGUUUGGGUUCCCUUUUUUUUCUGGCAUGCGGUAUCACGCUCGCUCUCCCCGGCACUGGCAGACGAGUCAAAUACUCGUCCCCCAUGAAUUUAAAGGGGGGAGAUCUCUCCCUCGGCUUCUCCAGUCUUUAUUGCUUUGUGUCUCCUCUGACUUCUCUUCCCCUUGUACUCCUCAAUCUGUCUGUUUCGCAUUCACUCUCUGUUCCUCUCCUGCCAGAGUGCAUGUGUGUAUAAUGUAAGGCUUAGAGGGGGUUUUACAAGCCAUGAGAAUGUCCUGAUUAAUGGUCUUUGUUCUUUGUACUCAGUCGUCUGCAGUUUGGUGUGGAUGUACUUUACAUACAGUAGAUUUUCAUUGUGGAACUUAAAGUGUCAAUCUUUAGGGAAGAGAGAGGGAAGAAUGUAAACUCACAGACUCUUGUGGAUGAAGAAGUUCCGAUUUAAGCAUCACUAAAAUAAAUUUCUUAGUUCAGCUUUUUAGUUUUUGUUAAAUUUUCUUUAUCUGAUCUUCUAAACUGACUUUAAACUCAACACAGCGACACAUCAAGGUUUAACAGGAAAAAAAAAAUCACAACCCGCUUAUUCUGUGAUUUCGUUUUUGCAGACGUGCGCGAUCAGGCCAAUCCGGAAGAGGAGGAAGACGACGAAGUGCGAAAGCUCAAAGUCUGCAUCGAGCUGAAGGGACUGAGGCUCAGCAAGCCAGCAGCCGGCGCGGCGUCACCCGACAGGUUCCACAUCAAACAGGAGAGGCCCUGGCCCCAGCCCAGACUGGUACCUCCGGCCCAGAAUGUGCGAGAGCGGAAGAUCAGGGCUGGCGAGGCGGAGGACAGAGCCGCCGCACAGAGAGCCGAGAUCAACAGGAAAUGGGGCUGCGACAAGCUGCUUAAUGGUAAGAAUGAACCGCCAGCCGAGCAAACUACCGCUGUAUCGAAGUUCAGCUAGGGUAACGGAAAUCUAUCUUGGGCUUACGUUUCACUCUCGUGUUGAGCGGUGUGUCUUUGCGGGGAUUUCCCAUGAGCCGUAGGUAGGGGAGGAGACCGAGGAAACAGAGGAAAUAAGGCAGAGGUUACUUCCUCUUAGAGGAAAAUCUUUCUAGAGGGAAUGAGAAACAGGACCUUGGGACUAAAAGCCAAAAUCUCCCCCCUCCCUUGUGGUUUUGGGCUUUUGUUCAGCUGCUCAGUAAGAACGAUGAAAGUGCUCUGCGAUCGAGGGAAGUGGCUGGUGGAGAUACGCGUGGGCAGGUGUAGUGUGACUAAUGUGUGAUCAAUGAGUUUUCUUUUUCUUUUUUUCCCCUCAAGACCAGUCACAGGGAAAGGAAAAGGCGGUGAGUGAGUGCGGUGAGCGUGUGUGGGUGGGGGGUAACUUAUUAAAACCAGGGCUUUCCCUUGUUCAUGAGCCCAAACUGAGGCAGAGGGAGGCACAGACGGAGAGAGAAUGAAAGAACAGGCGGGAGAUCAGAGGAAGUGAAUAAAGCAGAGGAGAUUUUGGGGUUUUAUGUUUCCUGCAGAAAACACACGCUUGAUUGGCCACUAAGUUCCUCUUUUUUUGCUUUCACUUUUAUAGAUAACAUUACCCUGGCAACAGCUCUGAUUUUUAUACGAUCAAUAUGGUUAUUUCACUGCGUUUCUGCCUGAGUCUCUCCCCUUUUCCCCCUCAUUUCCUCAGGAUUCCCAGGAUGCUUUUCCUGCACUGUGGGUUACAUAGAAAAUGCAUAUCUAAUCUAAGGCAACGUGAUGAACGAUCACGCUUUCAUUCAGCCCUGGUUUGAUUCAAUGUAAAGCUUCCACGUAUCAAACCAAGAUCACAUUUCUGAGUAGUUAGAAAUGCCUUUUGAUGAUGUUUCCAUCGAGCCAUUAUACCGACUCUAUGGUUUCAAGGAUAGGUUUUUAUAUGUUGUACAAACACGCGCUGUAAGAAGCCGAUAUAAGGGAGGACCGCGUUUGUUUAAGUAGAUUACUCAUGCUAGUGUCCUUGCCGCACAAAUCGGGGGUGUUUAUGUGCGCCUGCUUUGUACGUGCGAGUGUGUGUUUUUAUUUAUUUUAUAUUUUCUCCUGAGCGAGAAGGCAUGCUGCGCUCCCAGACAGCUCUGUGCACUCAUUAAUAAACCAACAGAGGGUGAGAGAUGGCCUUGCAAUACCUUCCCAUCCUCCCCUUCCACUGAGCUCUCACACUAUCAGUCGCUCACUCUGCCUCCCUCUCUCUCUUUCUCUCUCUCUCUCUCUUUCCUCUCAUCGUAGGAGUAGCUGCUUCUCCCCUUCCCCCCGGCCAAGUGAAGGACAGAGCGCAACCGUUGGGCCCCUUCUCAGGUGACCGAGGCCUCAAGGAGCCCAGGAGGGGCCCCCCCUCUCCUGCGCCAGAGCCGUCUGUGGGAGGCCCCCCUCCCUUCAAGCCCCGUCGCCAUAGUGACACCGACAAACCCAAGGGCAAGCGGCCGUGCAAGACCAAACACACUAGUCAGAGAGAGCGGGAAAAGAAGAAAGAGGCCACACCUAGCAGCCCGGGCCAGCGGUGUGCAGCUGAUCUGGGAGCAGCUGAGGAUGACAAGGUGAGUGCUGAUAGGCUGUCUGGCUGCGAUACGGGCGUCUGGAUUUUUGUAACGGCGGAGUCUGUUUCAGUAUGCCUGUCGGCGCCUCUGAUUAUGCAGCUGGGAGAGCGAGAGGGGAGGGAGUGAGGGAGAGAGGAAGGAAGUAUGUUUACAAUGUUUAGAGUGCUGCUGGAGCUUUGACCUCCUCGUGCCCUUUGUGGCUCCCUGCGGAGCGCCUGCGUGCAUGUGUGUUUGUCUCUGGCCUUAAUUGUCGAACGUGUGUCAUCGCUGCCGUUGUGUGUGUGUGUAGGUGCGUGCCACAGGCUGCAAGUGUAUGUGAGCGUUCUUGACAUUACAACAAAACCCCGGAGCAAUUAAACAUCGCACUCGGCGUCCACACACACACACACACACACACACACGCUCUCUUACUCUCUUAGCGAGGAAUGUGGCAGCCAUGGUCGAGCGUAUGAAGCACCAGAGUUCAAAAGAGGGGGGAAAAAAAACGCGCACGGGGAAAAAUCGAGGGGGGAAAAAGAAGGCUAGUUGUUUUCCGCCCACACUGCUCUCCUCUUCAGCCUGACAGCUGCUUCUACAUGGAAUUCCACUGAGAGGGCACGCACUGUACACACACGCAAAGACACACACACACACACACACAGAGCGAGGCAUGCAACUCCCUGUCUGUGGCGUGUUGCGCUCCGAAGGCUGUGUUGGUUUAGCGGUUAAAGGAAAGUGGCGUGCCAACCUGCAGUGUUUGGGGCGUGAACAGUUGGUGUGAAAGCUGUGUGUGUGGGUGUUAUUUAGUGAUGCAUAGUGUGAUACAUAAAUAUCAUGCGGAAGUAAGCCCGAUUAAUCAUUUUGUAGGUUUAGGCUAAAUGUAGACGGUAAACAAAAGAAUUUAGAGCCAUAGAAGGAGAAGAGAGGAAGCGACAGAAAACCGUCUUCUUGAAAUUCCGAUGAAUCUCUCGUCCACAUGGUGAUGAUGUGAACGAUCCUCGAUCAGGGGCUCCAACUUUUUGAUACGAGGUUGGCACAGUUUGGUGUGAGUGUGCCCCAUAUUCGCACAACUACGACAGAUUCCCUCUAAAGUGUGUGUGUGUGUGCAUGUGUAAUUGUGCAGCGCAUGCAUGUGCCCUUGAGUGUCCAUGUGUGUCUGCAAUGUGACAGUAGCUGUAACACUCUCCCUCUCUCUCUCUCUCUCCCUCCCUUCCCCUCUCUCUCUCUCCUUCUCUCUCUCUCUGUCUGUCUCUCCUCAGCUGAGCGAGCAGCGCGGCGCUCUGAGGAAAGGAGCCGCCUCUCCUAAUCAUUAUCCCUGCUCUCCAGUCAAGCCCUGCUCCCCCGCUGUGCUCUGUCCGCCCUCCCUCCAGCCCCAGGCCAACGGCAGAGCGGGCACCGUCCCUCAGGAGGCGGUGGGGGCGCACAGGACUCCCCCUGCCGAACCCCCCGCAGUGCGUCCCAUCCCACCAGAGGCUCGCCGGCUGAUUGUGAACAAGAACGCCGGGGAGACUCUGCUCCAGAGAGCCGCACGACUCGGCUACGAGGUAAUGGGAUUCGCUCAAAGUCAUCCUCGCUCCUUAUCGCUUUCUCUCUUCAUAUUUUACACUCUUACACUUCAUCUCUUCCAAAUCUGCGCUCUCUCUCUCUCUCUUCUUAAAUUGAGCUCAUUUUCUCCCCCUACUUUGUUCCCGUCUGUGACUCUGGCAGACGUAGCUCGACUCCAAAUUGUCUUUCCCCGUCUUCUUCUGCUCUCGCAUCUCUCCCCGCUCUUCCUCUUUCUAGCUCUCUCUUUUGCUUUUUGUAUCAUUUCCGUCUAUUUCGCCCUUACGCGUGCUUUGUUCUUCCCCUACUCCAUCUUUUUCUGCUCCUCUCCUCGCCUGCUACUCUCUCUCGCUCAGGUUUCCGCUCCCCUCCCUCCCUCCUCUUUCCUCUCAGCGCUCUCUUUCUCUUCCUCUCUUUGUGACUCAGAUUGUCGUUGGCACCCCUCCUCCUCCUCCUCCUCCUCCUUCCCGCGAGCGCACACACACACGCAUACACACACACUCCCCCUUCGCCUCCCCUCCUCUUGCCUCUCUCCGCUCUCACAUCUCAUUAAUUUUCCGUGAGGCGAAGUGUGACACACACACACACACACAGACACACACACACACACACUCAGGCAAGCGUACGUGUGUGCAGACAGCAUGAGGGAUCGGUGGGAUCAUUAUACGGAGACUGAUGCUCGCCGCCUCUCUCCAGCAUCGGAAGUUUUUUUCACCCUGCCUUUGUGCGUAGUCGCUGCCGAUCGCCCGCUCCUGAACCAGAUCCUCCCGUUCUCGCCACGAAAGCGUGAGAUCGGCAUAUUCUCGUGAAACUCUCAUUCCUCAGAAAGCUUUUAAUUAAAGUUGGAUGGCCCGCUGUCUGGUUCCCCCAUCCCUCGUGUUUCUCUUCAUACCCCCUAAUCGUUUCUCCCCCCCUUGUUGACAGAUUUUACAAAUUGAUUUAUUGAUUCAGGUGGCUUUAAUGCCACUUGAGCUGCAGAUCGUGCUGCGCGCGUGUGUGUGUGUGUUAGUGUGUGUCUGUCCACUCCUCCUCUCACCCGUCUUCGAGGCAGUCUUGUGUGUGUGUGUGCGUGAUCAUUUUUAUCGCCAGCAGAGGUAUCUUCACAGAACUGUAAAUAGGUGUGGGUAUCUUUUGUUGCUCAUUAACCGGUUGCUUUAUGGUUGUGUGUGUUUGUUGUACACGUUUAUGAUGAUUAGGGGUGCGUGUGUGUGUGUGUGCCCGUGUGUGUGUCCGUGAUUAUGUGUGAAGUGUGUGAGUCAGAGAGGGAGAGCGAGCAAGAGUGUGAAUGAGAGGUAAGCACUGGGAGUAUAAUCGCGUUCUAAUGGCCCUCUAAUGUGCCGUGGUGACUGUGGUUAGCAGCGGCGGCGGCUGUUUUUCUCCCUCCCUUGCUCGCACACACACACACGCGCACACACACAAACACGCGUGCGCACGCAGGGCGCAGCGCAGCAGCAGCAGGGUUCAGUCAGCCGUGCUGGAGAGAAGCUGGCUCGUCUCUCUGAUUUAUGCGUCUCUCUCGAACGUUUUUUUUUUUUUCCCUCCCUCUCCUUUUUUUUCUCUCCCCCUUAGCAUUUUUCCCUUCCUGCGCUCCGCGUGUGGAGAAGGGAGGGAGGGAGGAGAAAACCUGAGACUACACAAACAAGGCGCUGACCGCUGCGCAAACAACACCCCCGCCUUCCCCUCUCCCGCCCCCCCCAUCCCUCCCUCCCUUUCUUUCUCUCCCCCUCUCCCUCUCGCAGGAAGCUCGUCUCUCACUGCCUGUGUGUGAUAAGCCUGGGGCAGACCCCUGGGGCUCCCACACACACUCACACACACUCAAACCAGCACAUACACACACACAAGGACGUGCGGAGAAAGACACACCAAUUUAUGCAUUCCGCCCCACACACACACACACACACUCAGACACACACUCAGACACACACACACUUGCAUACAAGCCCGUAGACGCACAGAGAGCUUGUCUCACGCUGGUGUUUUAGCGCCGCAAGCUCCGGGCUUAUCACACACAGGCAGAGAGAUAUGAGGGCCUGAGAGACAGAGGCAUGCACACUCACACAAACACACAUACACACACAUGCUGAUUACAACACACACACAUACACACAUUCACACAGAAACACCGGUUAUGACCCAAUAAGCACAUGCACAGGCAUCCUGAUGUGUUCCUCUCCAUAUGCCGCACCAAGUGACGAGUCUCACUACUCGCUCGUGUUGUGCACCCACACAAACCUGCACAUGCAAAUUCAAAAUCAGCUCAUGCACACACGCUCGCUGCAAGCACACUCACACACACACAAAGUUAGAGACACACGUUGUUACCCUACAAUCACACACACACACACACACAGGUAUCCUUUCCUGUACAGACCUGCAUGCAGGGCACAGAACCUCACGCACACAUGCGUGUAAUUUAACACACGCGCACUGUUCUGUGAUGUUCUUGAUGCCAGGCCGACACUGUGCAUAUUUCAUGUUCGUUUAGUUUUGCGAUCCGUGCCUCUGCACACGAAAGCCCACUCUUUCUUUUUUCCUCCCUCUGCUUUCAUUCUCUCUCUCUCUUUCCAUCUCUCUCCGUCUCUCUCUCUCUCUCUCUCCCUCGUCUGCCGCGCUCUCUGAGCAUUUGAAAUGGUAAUGAGGAGAGAUUCUGCGGAUGUCUUCAUCCCUCUCCCCCUCGUGCCGGGGCCCCUCAGCUCUGCCCAUUGAAGGCGCAGAUAAAGGUGCAAUCUGUAAUUUAUUCUCCUCACAUGAAUCACGUCUGAUUUUCCUUUUCCGAAAACCACGUAUGAUCCCAAGAAAGUGAAAAACUAGAUUGCAUUUUAAGUGGCCAGUUAGACCUCUAUUUAUGAUCGCAUAAAUUAAAGGCCAAAAUUGGGGUAAUUGGUAGAUUCACUUGAGGACUUGAAAUGAAUUCAAACUGACUUUUAAAGUUCAACUUUGGCGAACUUUGACUUGCAAAUGUGUACCUUUAACCAAAGCGGUCUUGCUGAGCUGACCUUUUGAAAAGAGCUGAAACCAACAAAUUCCCAAAUAGGAGGAGCUGUCACACGGCUGUUAAUCUGCAAACAUGUUUUGCUCCCCACUCUGGAGCAAAUUAAAUCCACCAUAUUUGUGGUACAUUUCCACCGAAAGCCAACGGAGACGGUUGAGAAUUUGACCCCAAAAAUUUGUUGUAUUCAAUGUUUUUUUGAAAACUAUCUGAUUCACUGUUCCUGGAAUACCGACCAAUGAGAAUCAAGCUAGCAGCGACACUUUUAAACAGCGUUUCUCCUUCAUUACGUUGAUAUGACCUCUGUAAAUAAAACUGUGUUAUACUGGUUAGAAAAAGCGUUGUUGGGUUGGUGUUUGUUUAAAAGUACUUAAUUUGAGUUGUGAGGCACUAAAUUAAGCUUAAUUGUCGCUUUUUAGGCUAGCUACUUUAGCUUGUGUUAUAUUAGCUUGUAAAGCGUAAUAGCUCAUUAGCUUGCCGCACGGGUCACCAGGAUGUCAAAUUUAGCUCUUUUGCGUUCUAGCGUCGAUUAAGCGGUAUUUUCAGUUCGCAUAAGUGCAAGAUUGAUUAACCUUACCAGGAUGAUCUGGGCUAGAUUGACAGGCUUCUUCUGUUAAACCAGCACAUUAAUCCACAACAGGCUGUUUCCUACGCACGCACACACACACAGACACACACACAAACAUCCACACGUUUUACUUGUCUAGGCACGCAUCCUCUUUUUACCGCUUAGUCUGUUCAUUGCACAAGCAAAAGUCACUCAUGCGUUACCUACUACAUGUAAUACGCUUUCACACACACAUACACACACGUAUACGCACGGUUGUAUGUGAUGAGCAUACAGGGCAGCUCCGCAAGGGGUUAAAUGUCUGAGUGAUGCAUUGAUUGCAGGCGAGCGCAGGGAAGCAUUCUAGAGAAGGAGAUUAGAGGACGGAGGGAGAGAGCAAUAGAGAGGAGGGAGGGAGGGGAGGGAGGGGAGGGAGGGGAGGGAGGGGGGUGGCGGUGUCUCAUUUUACUGCGGAGGAGUUUGUGUGUGUGUGCGUGUGUGUGUGUGUGGCGGGAAGCCAGGGCUCUCGUGCUAAGCUCCUCGCUCUCUCCUUGCGAUAUUAAACACGGCUUCGGAGGUUUAGUGCUAUGCCUCCUCCACAGCCACACACACACACACAUACGCGUCGGCUCCACAAAAACACUCACCAGCGCGCGCACACACACACACACACACACACACACUUAGGCAAGCUGCAUAUCAACACUCCCUACCCGUCAGUCUCUCUAACACUUGCUCUCAUUCACUCACACAGACAGACACACGCUCGCACACUCACACACGGAGCGAGUGGAAUCCCCCAGAGGGGAGCUUCGGCACAGCGCUCCUGAAUCUCUCUCCAGCAGGCAAACAGAGUGUUGGCAGUGAGCGAAAACCAGUUGGAGCGCCGUCCCACCCCCCCCUCACCCAACCCUCCACCCUAGUUUCUCUCCCCUUCUCGCACUUUUUUCUUGCUCACACUUGCUCACUUUUUUCUUGCCAUUCUCCUUUCCGCUUCUCCCCUCCUUUCUUUUCCUUCAUUGUCUCUCCUUCCUCCCCGGCACAAUCGUCCUCUGUUCGUUCCUAACACCAACACCACCGCCGCCGCCGCCACACACACUUCACACUACCACUACCACCCAGCCUUUCAUCUCUUGUUAUUAUCAGCUGCAGCCCAGAGGACAGCCCCGGCAGAUUCCAUCCACAGAUUCAUUAAUCUGUCAUCUGUUGGGGUGUUGCCUCUGCUCUUCUCCCGUUCUUCCGCUCUCUCUAGCUUCUCCUCUCAUCCCUCUGUCAGUCUGUUUUUCCCCUCACUGCUUUUCCUCUCCGUUCCUUUCCCUCCAUCCGCCCUGCACUGAAAGAGAAGGAGAGAGAGAGAGAGAGAGAGAGAGAGAGGGGGAGUGAGAUAAACACUUGGACUCGACGGCAGGCUGGAAUUAGCAUAGAAAUGGAAGUUUGGAGUCAUUCCCCAGGUUCAGAUGAGCAGCUUUCCUCCCUUCGGCACAGGACUGUUAGCAGGACACAGUUUGCAUGUCUCUGGAUGUAUGAGCCUCCCAUUCACAUAAACAUGAAUAUAUAUGAGAUAUGUAUAAAAAAAAUAAAGGUUGUUUUUUUUCCUGUUUGUUUUAUCCAUCCGAUCCCACACUAAGUUGCAUUUCCACGCAGAUAAACAUACCUGCAGUGUUGAAACACAGACCCCCUCUCUGACAGGCCCGAUAUCAACACAUGGCUGGACUCCUAUCUCUCUCCUCUCUGUUUUAGAAACAGCAGAGGUAGCUCAAGUCCAAUAGAAAACCAGUCUGACUACUUAGUGCUGGAUGGCCAACUGUCACAGCCCUAGACCAGAGAAAACGCUUCCAACUCUUAAGCGCCUCUAUCAAAUCUCUUUGUUCCGCUUCCAUUACGCUGUGUUCAGAGCCCAACCAUCGAAACUGGCUGCCACAGCGGCGUCUAGGCCCAACCGUGGCACACACAUACACACUCACACUCACUCACACACACACACACACAGGAGCCGAAUCUGGCAGGCUAAAUACAGUUGAGUCACACUUAGUCUCCUCGAUGUGUUUUGGCGCCAGUGUUAGCAUUAUGGAGCAUUUGUGAGUGAGCGUGUGUGUUUGCCCGACACAGGAACACACUCAGUUCCUCCUCUCCCUAAUUUCUCUCCCACAGGACGCGUGAAGGGAAGGACUGUUUGCGUACGCGUCUGCUCCGUCUGACAUGUGUGUUUGCUCUUGUGUUGCUUGGGUUGUCGCCACUAAACCCUCCUCUUCCUCUUUGUUGGCUCUCUCUCUCUUCAGGAGGUUGUGCUGUACUGUCUGGAGAACAGAGUAUGCGAGGUGAAUCACAGAGACUACGCCGGGUACUGCGCUCUCCAUGAGGCGUGCGCCCGCGGUUGGCUCAGCAUCGUCCAACACCUGCUGGAUUAUGGGGCUGACAUCAACUGCAGCGCACAGGACGGCACCAGGUAACCGAACGCUCGAAUUCACAUCGCGGAAACUCCUGCUUGCAUAAACACGUCUCCCUUGCACAAUGACAUUAGGGCUGCUUUUUCCACAUGCUCUUAAAAGGGCAAGCCAGCACUGAGUCAUCAAUCAAAUCACUUGAGUUUGCACAUAACAUUCGUGGGGAUUGAUUUUAUAUUUGCUUGGCGGGAGCAGGGAUUUGACUGCUUUGAUGCAGUUUAAAAUGGGAAAGGCUCGAGCUCUCAUUGAUGAGCCAUUAAAAUUUAUAAGUCUGCUUCUGAUCCAGGAAACCGUGCACAGGCCUCAGAGGUGCAUUGAGCAACAGUUUAGCCCUGCUAGCCAUUACAGUGUUUGUGAAAUUACAGUUUUACUAGAACUGUUGAGAUUUUACUGAAUGUCAGACGCAACGUGUCGAGUCUUAUCUGUAAAUCACCGAAGGGCAAAUAGAGCAGGAGCAGUGAUGUGCAGGAGAAGGAGCAUGUAACCUGAAGGAGAGCGAUUUCAUGGGAAAUUAAAAGUGAUAAAAACAUGAAUCUAUCAGUUAUUAUGAUAUCAAAGUUCUUAGAAAGUAACACAAAAUCUUUAGACUACUAAGAUCGUUGAGAAAGGCUCAGUUUCCUGGGUGAGCCUGGGUGCCACCCCCCUCAGUCUACAUCUCUUCUCUGGUGCAUGAUCUCAGGACUCUGUGUGUUCAUAUGCUGCCUUUGGGUUACUUCAGAAGUCAGAUGUCCAAACUGGGAAUGACGUCACACCUGAGCUACCAGUGACACAGUCACCAAGUUGAAAAAAAGCUAAAUCGAAGGCGGAAACAAGAUGUUGCAGAAGUUGCUUAUAUUCGGUGAAGCCAAGCGCUAAAUUAACUUUAAUAGAUGUAGCCAUCUUGUUUCCGCCUCCAAUUUUGCUUUUUCCCAACUUGGUAACUAAAACGCCGGUAACUUGGUUGAGAUGUCAUUCCCAGCUUCCGAGGUAACUCGAACGCAGCAAUAUUUAUGGGUAUUCCAGCCGUUUUGUGUGUGGCGUGUUUCACCAGCGUAAAAAUGUUUAUAGACAAUCAAAAAAUAUCAUCGUCUGUACCCACUUGUUGAUUUGUGUGGCUUGUGUGCUCAGGCCGAUUCACGACGCUGUGGAGAAUGACCAUCUGGACGUGGUGCGGAUCCUGCUCUCUUACGGCGCCGACCCCACCCUCGCCACUUAUUCUGGCAGGGGGCUGCUGAAAAUGACCCACAGUGACAGCAUGGAGCGUUUCCUCACUGGUAAGAUCCCAGCUGGACUUGCAUACUGUUACCUUCACUCCCCCCCCCCCCCAUAUUCAGUCCUAAUUUUUAACUCUAUACCUGAAUUGAGCUCGUUCUGAUGUUUUAGUAGAGAUCAUAAAUAUCCCAGUUGUACGGAUGCUGCCAGUUUAACUUUUCUGCUGUAGUCCAAACGGAGGAUAUGAGUCCCAUGGGAAAAAAAGUGAAGAAAGUCAAACUGGUUUUGUACCUGAAUUUUCGGUUGCCAGUGCUGGAGAGGUGUGAAUGAAAACUCUUGGAGAUUAAAAAGACUUUUUCAACAGCAGCCACACUUGAGUGUGGAUGAGGUGUGUUGAGGUUAAAUUUUUAAAUGGGACUGUUACCGAGCCAGUAUCCAAAAGUCCUCACUCCUGGCUCAUUCACUGUUUGCUGUUCUCUCUCCGCUCUGACCUCCGCGCAACCUGUUGGUCUGAGUCCCUCUGUGUAAAUCCUCCUCCUCCUUCUUCCCCGCCGCCGCCGCUACGAGACAUGUCCGUCUCUGUCAUCCUGUUUCCCCUUCAGCACCCCUCCCUUAUCCCUCCUCCCUCCCUCGACCACCUGUUAGACAGGGAGUCUCAGCCUGCCGGGGUGCGUGCUGCUGCCUCUGAGCUCCUCUAUCUGGUUACUUAGCAACGCCAACUGUGUUUGCUCAGCGUACGUGCGGAAAUGGGCUCCGCUCUGGCUGGAAACUGCUUUUGUGUGUGCGUGCGUGUGAGAGCCUGAAUGUGUCUUUUCACUCCGGUCUGACGUGGUCUGUAUUUUGGUUGUGCGUGUGUGUGUGUGUGCAUGUGUGUGCUAAGAGAGGAGUCAUCUGAAUGUUUGUAGUUAAAGUUGAGAGAAGCAGCCAGUUUGUGUACAGGAGGAGGAAAUGAGAGCACAUACACAUGCAGACGCUUCCUCCAGAGCCAGCUGCUUAAUAUUACAUGAACAUCUAACAAGCUAAAACCGAUUAUCUGAGACACGCCAGAGGCUUUGGAGAAAAAGACAAGACGGGGGCGCGGGAGACAGGAAGGGAGAUCAGGGUGAAAAUGAACAGGUGUAAGUUCACGGUGAACAGGUUUGCAGCAAAAGAGGGAGAUUUAUACGUCGACAAACGGAAAGAUGGUGUUGAAUUUUGAAGAGAGCGUGAAGGGAUGGAUCGAUGGCUGCUAGAUUGACAGAGCAAGGAGAGAGGGAGGGAUAGAGGGGAGAUCGAGCAGCGGAGAAAAUGAGCGAGAGCGAGCGAUCGCUGCCCUCCCUCCACCUGGUCCCACUCAUCUGGAGGCCGUUAAUCCCUCCAAACACACGCCAGACGCCCCACGCCUCAGCACUGGCACAAAGCCCAGCUCUCACUCUGCAAAUGUGUGUGUGUGUGCAUGCGUGUGCUGCACACUCACACAUACACACACACAUACACAGACACACACACACACAUUGCUCUGGCUGUGUGUGCUUAUCCAGCUCCCUCUGCUUGUUUGUUUCCAGCCUGUGUGUGUGCGUGCGUGUGUGUGUGUGUGUGUGUGUGUGUGUGUGUGUGCGCACAGCGACUGUGUGUGGUUCUUGUUUGAUUCCUGGCAGCCCGGCUCUGAACUGAGCCAGCUCUCACCCAGCGGAGACAGUCGCUCUCCUCCCCCGUGGUACAGCCGCUGGCCCCUGACCAUCACCACCUCCCCCCUCCCCUCCUCCUCCUCCUCCCUCCAAAACAUUUGCUCUGUUUGUUUCUCUUUUCUCUUUUGACACCACCCUUCUCCUCCUCCUCCUCCUCCUCCCUCUCCUCCUCCUCCUCCUCCGUUUUACUCUGCUCUUUAUCCAUUUUUCUGCUGUAGACUUUAAAGGGCAAUUGUAUUUGCCUGCUUGUCUGUCCCCGGGGCUCUGGCUCUCGAAUAACACGCUCUGCUCCUCUCCUCUCUCCAUAGAUUAUUUUGCCGACCUUCAGGGCCGCUCGGAUGACGACCCAGGGAUUUAUUGGGAAUUCUACGGCAGCGCUGUGUGUGGUGAGUGCUAAUCAUGUCUGUGUGUGUGUUUUGCUGCUUUCGGAGUCUUUAUUUUUCAAGGCCUCGGUGAUUCGGACUAAAAAUAAUCCAUGUUUUUUGUGUGUGUGUGUGUGUGUCAGAAUCAAGCGAAGAGGGCGGCGUCUAUGACAUCUUGGCUGACCCUCCAGGCCCAGAGGAUGAAGAUGAGGACGAUAAGAGGGAGGUGUUUGAGUUCGAGUUCUCUGACCGACCUCUGCUGCCUUGCUACAACAUCCAGGUUUCCCUCUCCCAGGGGUGAGCGUUGUCCCGAAGAGUCAAACAAACCUUUGUGACUUUUUCUGCCCGUUUCAUCUGCUAAAACUUUUUACUUCUACUUCUCUCCUUCAGGCCCAGAAACUGGCUGCUCCUCUCCGAUGUGCUCCGCCGAUUGAGGAUGUCUGCCCGAGGUUUCCGACAGGCCUUCCCCCACAUGGAGGUGGUGACGGUGGCAGAAGCUGAGUUUUACCGGCAGGCCUCUUUGUCGCAGCUCUUCUCUUGCCCCGAGGAGCUGGAGGGCUUCCAACCGGACAGUAAAGACCUGUUGGACCUGGUGGAGGAUAGCGCCGAGCUGGCCGCUCUGCUCGGCUCCUCACUGGAGUGUUUGGACGACCACUGGGAUCAUGUAGGGGACAAACUAAAGGACAAAAUCAAGGCUGUUGGCAAGUUGGGCUCAUCCUGACCCCUAAGACUACUACACCUGGACUUAAAUCCUUAGUGACUGCGUUUUUCUUUAGAAACCAUGCAGGGGUUGUGUUGAUUUGCCUUAGCCCUGACCCUUAGUUCCCACUUCUCAGCUUGGCUCUGGACCAGCACCGGUGCACUGUACAGACGGACUGACCUGCUGGUUGAGCGGGCUGCUGAAACCCCUCUGUUAUCUGAGUUUCAGAAGAUUUGUGACUUAAUAAUGGUCUUAUUUUUAUAAAUUAAUAUAUGUAUAAAUUCAUAAAUAUAUAUAAAUAAAUAUAUAAAUAAUAUCAAGAGAUUUUGUUUUUCCGUUCCGACGUUGCUCACAGCUCCUCUCUUAGAGACUUUGUACGGCAACAGGAUGUAUUUAUGUUGUCAGCGGAGUGUGUGAGCGCAGCACACUGUGCCUGUGUGUUGCUGUACAGGAUAGAACUGAGGCUGUGCUAUUGAAUGUGGUAUUUGUGUUUAUAGGAAGCACAUGAUGUCCUGUUUUUUUUUCCUUCAGACUUUAGCGCUGGCUGUGGCCUCAGGGGCGAUUCUGUUGUACCUUUUUUUUUUUUCUCCCCCUUCAUUUUAGCAAUGGAGUUUUGCUUCCUGUUAAGUCUGUAAUUUAACUUUGCAAAACUACAAAAUUGUUUGUAUGAUAAAGUUUGAAGAUAAUGUUGAUAUUCACCUUGCAGCACAGAGCUUGUACAUAACAGGGAGGCUACUGCAGUACAGUAAUUUCUGGUGUGUUCAUUUUUUGUUUUAAACUUUGUAAUUAAAAUAUCUCAUAAUUUGUAUUUAUAUUUUACAAAAGAAGUUGCUUUAAAUAAAUAUACAAACUGCAAGUGAAACCAA